AUCAGAAGGUCGAUAUUAUUCAGUGUUGUCCCACCUCGCAUUAUGGCGGUAUUGUAAAUGUUUGUGAGUCUCAUUUGUUUAUAUUUUAUGGUAAAGUUGUAGAGAAGAGAGUUACAGUACAAGCGGAGGCGUAGAGUGGUUGGGCACGGUCGGAAGUAAAUGGAUCAUGGCACUUUCCACUGCUCAAAUUAGAACAAACCUAGGAAAGGGUAUUUUGGAAGGGAAACGUAUUCGAAUUGAUGAAGACGGAUUUGAAAAUUUCGAUGACUAUUUUACAGAAACUGACUCCGAUGACUCUGAUGUAGAAAUUGUGAACCACGCUGACAAUGUUAAAAUAGUGGCUGUAAAACCGGCAGCAGAUGAUGAUGCCAAGAGUAGUGUGUCCCCUCUUUCUCUCUCAAAUUUCCCUUCCAGGAAAAGAUUAUCAUUUCCUGUUGAGUCAAUGACAGAUUCUUGUUCAAACGCUUCUGAAGAGGUUUCAUAUGUGCAAAGAGUCAUCAGUAAACGUGGAAUGAAGUCAUUAGCCGACACUAGUGCUGCUGACUCUGAAGACGGUGACCAUCAAGAAGUGAUAGUCUCAGAGAAGGAGGUGACCACUACAAAGACACCUGAAGUGUCUUCAGCAGUCUCUAAUUCUAACAGCAAUGUCAGAAUCAUCAGUAAGCGAGGUAUGAAAUCUUUUCCUGAAGAUGAGGAAUCUUUUGUCCAAAAGGCUGCUUCGUCCCCAACAAAGGAAUCUCUCUCCACAAAUGUCUGUGAUCCAUCAGCUGAAGAACCAGAGACAACCGUCAAAAAUGGAGGCAACACGAGUCUUUCAAGUUCAAAGGAAUGUCAAGAAAAUGAAGAUGAUGAAGAAAAUGAGGAUGAUCUAGAAAAUGACAAUAUAAAAAAUGAAGAUGUUUUGCCAGAAGCUGUAUCAACCAGAAAAAAGAGGAAGAUGACAGUGUCAGAAAGCUUCAGCGCUAGUCCAGAGAAAAUUAAAGAGUCGCCCAGAAAAAUGAUUUCUGCAUUUGGGGUUCAUAAACCAACAGUCCAGACACGCUACUUUGAUGUAUUUGAUACCAACUUGUCUCUUAUUGAAGAGAAUGAAAAGACUUUCAAAAAGUCUACGAAGAUUGUAAAGAAACCAGAAAGUGGUGGCAGAUCUGCAGAAAAAAAUAAAGAUGUACCUUCAGAUGUACCCAAAGACAAGUCAUCACCUUUACGACACAAAAAACCUCAGCCAUCACCAACUGCUAAACAGACAUUGAAAAGUAAAAGUGUACCCCAAGAAAAGUCCUCACCUUUAAAACGGAAGAAACCUCAACCAUCACCAACUGCUAAACAUACAUUGAACUACAAAAGAGAAAGUGUACCGCAAGACAAAUCCUCACCUUCUCGGUACAAAAAACCUCCGACAACAUCACCUGAGAAACAGACCUUGAGGAAUAAAAGUGAAGCCAAAGACAAAACCCCACCAUCACGACACAAAAGACCUCAGCCACCAUUGGCUGCUAAACAUACAUUGAAAAGUAAAACAGUACCCUCAGGCGUACUCAAAGAAAAAUCUUCACCUUUACGACACAAAAAACUUCGUCCAUCACCAAUUGCUAAAUCCACAUUGAAAACUAAAACAUUUUCUGAAAUAGCUAUGACGUGUACCUCAGGUGUACCUUCAGGUUUGCCCGAAAACAAAUCUUCACCUUCAAAACACAAAAUGUCCCAGCCAUCACCAACUGCUAAACAGACAUCGAAAAGCAAAAGUGUCCCUUCAGAUGUGCCUGAAGAUAAACCUCACCGCAACGACACAAAAAAACUCAGCCGUCAUCGACUGAGAAACAUACAGUGAGAAGUAAAAGUAAGUUUCACACACACACGCACACACACCACACACACACACACUUAUUCUUAAGCGAGAAUAUUAU